GUCCAGAGUCCAGCGGCACAUUCCAUCCAGCUAGCCAUAUUCAGGAGGAGGCACGGCACGGAAGGCCAUCCGUCCAUCUCGUUUGCCCCAUAUUCUAUUGGGAGACUGUACCUGGCCUCCUCCCCACCCUUUUCCAUCUCUUCUUUCGCAACGCUCUCUCUCUAUCAGCAGCAGUCACAGGCAGCCGCGUUGCGUGUUCGUGUGGUGCCUCUGUCACUCGGGGGGUGGAAAGGAAGAAAGGGGAGAGAGAGAGAAGCGAGGAGAGAGAGAGGCAGGCAGGCAAUAAAGGGCAGUUUAGGUGCGCGCAGGCUGAUGGCGGCGUGGCAGGUCCUCUCUGUCGCCUCACCGUCUUAACUCCGGCCGCACAGGCGCACCACAAACCACACCGCUCCGCCCACGCAGAUUUUAAUCCGUCGCAGGCAGCAUGAGCACGCCUCCCAGAGCACAGACUACGAGCCGACCCUAGAAAGAGAGAGAUCAGGCAAGCAGCUUGAGCUUCAGCUAGCCGGGCACGGCGGCCUAUGGAUCUGGGCGCAUGGCGGGAUUCCCUCUAGGCGGAGGAGGCCACAGCCACAGCCGCGACGCCCCCGCGCCGUCGGUCCCGCCGGUGCACCCCUCCGACGCCGCAUCCUUCCUCUACGCCGCGCGCGCUGGGGGGAGCCUGCAGCUAUGGCAGCAGCAGGAGCAUCAGCAGCACCCGUUCUACGCCUCCAACAUCAUCCGCUUCUCCGAUGACCCGCCCGGCGCCGCGCAGUCGCUCGCGGGCGCCACGUCGUCGUCGUCUUCGCGCGGCACGCGGAGCGGUGGGGUAGGCGGCGGCAUCAGCUGCCAGGACUGCGGCAACCAGGCCAAGAAGGACUGCACGCACCAGCGCUGCCGCACCUGCUGCAAGAGCCGCGGCUUCUUCUGCUCGACCCACGUCAAGUCCACCUGGGUCCCUGCCGCCAAGCGCCGCGAACGCCAGCAGCAGCUCGCCGUGCUCACGGCCUCCGCCGGCGCCACAACCUCCGGCGCCGGUCCAUCCCGCGACCCCACCAAGCGCCCGCGCGCGCGUCUCUCCGUCGCCACCCCAACCACCUCCUCGGGGGAUCAGCAGAUGGUGACGGUGGCAGAGAGGUUCCCGCGGGAGGUGAACUCGGAAGCGGUGUUCCGCUGCGUGCAGCUGGGGCCGGUCGACCAGGCAGAGGCGGAAGUCGCGUACCAGACCACUGUCAGCAUAGGCGGGCACGUGUUCAAGGGCAUCCUGCACGACGUCGGCCCUCACAGCUUGGCUGCUGGCGGCGGCAGCAGCGGCGCCAUCGAGUACCACUUCCGCAACGCCGGUGACGGGUCAUCACCGAGCACGGCCGCCGCGGGCGAAGCAGGCGGUGGCGGUGGCGUGGGUAAUGUCAUCGUGUCAUCGGCUGUGGUGAUGGACCCGUACCCGACCCCCGGGCCCUACGCUGCGUUCCCGGCCGGCGCGCCGUUCUUCCACGGGCACCCGAGGCAGUGACCGGCUGCUCGCUCACCAGCCGUCUCGCUGUAACGACACCAUGACUCCGUAUCUCCCUCGAUCUGUCAAUUGCUGAAUUCUUAGCUUCUUAUUGAGAUGCAUAAAUUGAUGUUUCUUCUCUAGCCUAGCUAGCUUAGCCGCAUUAGUCUUGUUGCUUCUUGGGAUAAUUCGAGGUGAGUAGCAAUAUACUCGGCCGCUGCAAAUGGUUAAGAUCUGAAAGUUAGGACC